GCUGUCCCAGAGGCUGCGGCAGGCCGUACAGCAGGAGCAGGUGGAGGGCUGGCGGCAGUCGAGAUCGUGCUGCCAUGGCUCAGCCUCUGGGUCCAGAGCCUCAGCUCCUACCUCUUCCCUCCUUGCCAGCCCCUGAUGCCUGCCAGACUUUUGCCUCUGCUGGAGCCCCUGCCUGACCAGCUUCCCCUCCCUGUCUGGUUGGGAUUUGGGGGCUGAGCUGUCUGGGGUCCCAGGGCCAACCAAUGCAGUGCCGGCUCCCGCGGGGCCUGGCUGGAGCCCUCCUCACCCUCCUGUGCAUGGGGCUCCUGUGUCUGCGGUACCACUUGAACCUGUCCCCGCAGCGGGUACAGGAGACCCCCGAGCUGAGCCAGCCGAGCCCGGGGCCCCCUGAGCUACAGCUACACGAUGUCUUCAUUGCAGUGAAGACGACCCGGGCCUUCCACCGCUUGCGCCUGGAGCUGCUGCUUGACACGUGGGUUUCCAGGACCAGGGAACAGACAUUCGUCUUCACCGACAGCCCAGACAAAGGCCUCCAGGAGAGACUGGGGUCCCACCUUGUGGUCACCAACUGCUCCGCGGAACACAGCCACCCAGCUCUGUCCUGCAAGAUGGCUGCUGAGUUCGACACCUUCUUGGCCAGUGGGCUUAGGUGGUUCUGCCACGUGGACGAUGACAACUAUGUGAACCCAAGGGCACUGCUGCAGCUGCUGAGAGCCUUCCCGCUGGCCCGUGACGUCUACGUGGGAAGGCCCAGCCUGAACCGGCCCAUCCACGCCUCAGAGCCACAGCCCCACAACCGCACGAGGCUGGUACAGUUCUGGUUUGCCACUGGGGGUGCUGGCUUCUGCAUCAAUCGCAAACUGGCUUUGAAGAUGGCUCCAUGGGCCAGCGGCUCCCGUUUCAUGGACACAUCUGCUCUCAUCCGGCUGCCUGAUGACUGCACCGUGGGCUAUAUCAUUGAGUGCAAGCUGGGUGGCCGCCUGCAGCCCAGCCCCCUCUUCCACUCCCACCUGGAGACCCUGCAGCUGCUGAGGACUGCGCAGCUCCCAGAACAGGUCACCCUCAGCUACGGUGUCUUUGAGGGGAAACUCAACGUCAUUAAGCUACAGGGCCCCUUCUCCCCGGAGGACGACCCCUCCAGGUGGGUCUGGGGGCUGGAACCUUGGAUGGGAGGAGUAGGGGCUGAGUCCAGGCAUCCAAACAUGGGGGAGCUGGGAGGGAGUGGAGUGGGACAGGCUUUGGUGGCUGACAGCACAGAGCUAGGAGUGGAGGGAGUGGAUUUCAGUUUCUGACCCUGCCACUGGCUUGCUGUGUGACCUUGGGCAAGUAUCUUGCCCUCUCUGGGACUCAGUCUCCCAUUAGUAACACCUGGAGGUUGGCCAUCAUGGAUCUGAAGAGGUCUCCCAGCCCCAGUCCUCUGGGGUUCUUUGGGGUUCUUUGGGAGUCCCCGGAAGGCUGAAAUGCCUUCCCUGAGCACAGGCAACGCUCUCAUGGUGGAACUUCAGGCUCUGGUGGGGGAUUUUAUUUUAUCUCUUUUGGACUCAUUGUUUCUUUGAUACUCUUAAAUGCUUCUUUUAGGCAGGUAAAGGGUUGGAAUAAUGCCUUCCAGUUCUGCCCAGAACUGGCCACGGGGAGAUGGACCACCCAAAUCUGCUCCUGACUGGUCUAGAGCAGUCUUGGAGCAUAGCAUGUGAUAUGCAGCUUCCUUUCCACACACCAGCACCUGCCAGUUGUGGCUUUUUUUUUUUUUUUUUUUUGAGAUGGAGUCUUGCUCUGUUGCCUAGGCUGGAGUGCAGUGGCGCGAUCUCGACUCACUGCAACCUCAGCCCCCCGGGUUCAAACGAUUCUCCUGCCUCAGCCUCCCAUGUAGCUGGGAUUACAGGCGCCUGCCACCAUGCCUGGCUAGUUUUUGUGUUUUUAGUGGAGGCGGGGUUUCACCAUGUUGGCAGGGCUGGUUUCGAACUCCUGACCUCAAGUGAUCUGCUUGCCUUGACCUCCCAAAGUGCUAGGAUUACAGGCAUGAGCUGCUGCCCCCGGCCCAGCUAUGGCUUGUGAUUCUGGCUAGGGGUGGCGGGAUGGGGGUGGAGAGGAGUUGGGGGAGGGGACACAUGGACUCUGGGCCCAUCAGUCCAACCCCAGAACUGAUGCUUGACCCCCUCCCAGCAUCUCUGCCAACUGAUGGGCUGGCUUCACCUUGCAUGCCUACAGCCAUGGGGAGUUCCUCCCUCCUGUGGCAGUCUGUUCCAUCUCUGGGCAGCUGGACUAGCCCCAACCCUUCUAUUUCCAUUUCUGCUCCUUGUAGUGACAUGCAAUGGGCCUGGGACCUGGGAAGGAGCCCUGAUCCUGCCUUUGGGGACUGAGCAGGGACUCAGGGAGGUAACGAGUAGAGGAGGGCAUGGGGUGAACUCUGGGCCCACUUGAGUAACAGAGACUUGUCCAGAGGGAGCCCUGGGGGACGGGGAGUCUGGGACACUGUGUGUGUAGGGGGUGAGGGUGAGUAUGCAAGUAUAGACUGUUAUGGGAGAGUAAGUCAGAGCCCUGAUGUUGACUGGGGAGUAGGGGCUGGCCGGGGAAGGCUUCUCUGAGGAGGUAACGUGAAGGACCUGAAGGGCUAGCAGGAGUUCGCUAGGAGAAGAGCAGGUGGCAGAUCGCUACUGCAGAGGGGACAGCAUAUGCAAAGGCCUGAUAGCAGGAGACAGGCCUUGACCUGCUCAAGGUAGGAAAGGGAGACUGUGUGGCCGGAAUGUGGAGAAGAGGAGGGAAUGGUGUCAAAUUUGGUUGGGGACGUGGCAGGGGCCUCUCCAAGGCCUUUGUAGGCUCUGUCUGGAUGCUUGUGAUGCUUGGAGGAACCAUGGCCCCUGGCCCUGACGUUCUUCAGUGCUGCCUGUCCUGGGGCAGAGGGCUCCCAUGAUGCUGAGGGCCCUUGCGGCCAAGGCUGCGUUGAACAAGUUGGAUAUUACAAGGAGACAGAAUUUGGCUCGAUAUAGGGACAAAAAUUCAAAAUUCCAAGAUGAACGAAGCUGCCUUCUACUAGGAUGAGCUCCCCGUCAGCAGAAGUGUGUAAGCCAUAGCUAUGCUGACAAGAGGUUUAAGAAUUGCUGUUAAAUUUCCUCAAAGCCUGAAGAUUCUAGAAGUCAUAGAUUAUUGCCAAAUGGGUCUGGAGCCACCUAGAGAUUCAGAUGCAUGUGAUCAGAUGAUUGGCCUCAGCUGAGGUCUCUAUGGCUUCUCUGGCUUUUGAAGUUUCUCCAAACUAGCGGUUCUCAAGUGGGGGUGAUUUGUCUCCUAGGGGACAUCUGGCAAUGUCGGAGACAUUCUUGAUUACUAUGAUUCAGGCAGAUGCUACUGGAAUCUUGUGGGUAGAGCCCAGGAAUGCUGUUAAAUGUCUCGCAAGGCACAGGACAGCUCCACAACAAAGAAUUCUCUGGCCCUAAGUGUUAGUGGUGUCGAGGUAGAGAAACCCUGCUCCAAACCAUCUCUGUGGCAUGUGUCCACCUAGGAGAGUGGGCUGAGAGCAGAAGUGGGGGUGACCAUCCUGUCCUUUUCUGGUCUCUCUGCAGGUUUCGUUCCCUCCAUUGUCUCCUCUACCCAGAUACACCCUGGUGUCCCCAGCUGGGUGCCCGAUGAAUCCUGAACUGCUGGGCAAAGGUUGGGCAGAGACUUCUGGGUGUGCCUUGGCUCCCAAGGUGGCACUGCGGGUCCCUGGCAAGUGUCUUGUGAUAGGCAGUCCCUGGCAGCGCCUUCGGGUGGUUGGCAAGCCCAGGAUCUGAGUGGCAAUUGGCACUGAAGGCACCCCAGGCCCCUGGGAGGUGAGCUAGACAGCCCAGGGGACCAGGUGGACCAGGUGAUGGCCAGAGAGGCUCCAGGGGCUAGACUCCCUCAGGAGGCUGAAUUGAAAAAGGGCAGGGGGCACUUGAGCUGGGCUGGGGCUCCAGGGGUCCUAACCUUUUAGGCAGUGACAUGGCCUCUGUGUGGGGUCUGGCUCUUGGCCUUGUCUAAUGUCUCUCAGUCAUUCCCCCAGGGCUCAAGCGCUGGGCCGCCCACUCCUGCCUCUCUCGCCUGUGUCCCGAGUUCCUGAAGGGACACGGGUGGAAUGAUGGCAGAAUCCAGGGUCUGCAGCACCUGCUGUUGUUGCCAACCAGUCUCCCAAAGCUCCUUGCUCCCUACCCCUUGCUAACAGGACCAGAUUUUGUUUGGAGCCUCAGCAUGCCAGGGCCCAGAUGAUGGAGCAUAAUGGGUCCCAGCCAAUUGUGAUGAUCCUUUUUGCUCAUUUCCCAGCCUCCCUUGCUGUUAGGGGCUACCAUGGGACCAGCUCUGGCCAGAGGGAACUAAGCAAAUCCAAUAGAGAUGUUUCUGGGGAAGGUUUUGCAUGCAGCCCACUCCCCAUCUUCCUGCUGUAAAUGUGGGCGUGAUGGCUGGAUCUGGGGCAGCCACCUUGCUACCAUGAAGGAAAGGCCAAGACAAUCAUCCACAGCUAUUCCCUCCAGCAUCUGGUUCUGUACGAAAAUUAAAUGCUUAUUUGUUUAA